CAGCUAUGAUGAGCAGACUGAUCGUUUACCUGACAAACAGGUACUGUCAACUCGGUGAGCUGUUCAAGCUUCGCCCAGCCACAGGAAUUGGUUGAACAACAUGGGACGUUGCAAACGAAAGGAGCUCAAAGAAAGAGGUUAUGAAACAGCCGACAUAAGGCCAGGGCUCUCUCCUCGGCCAGGGGAAAUCGCAGUGGGCUUGCCCGAGCCAGACUCACCUGUUCACCGCGUGACUUUCGAGGAUGUGGGCGGUAAACGAAAAGGUGCAAAAUGUUCCCAUUAUGGUGCUGACAAGGUCUACCUUGGGGUCCGUGUCAAAAUGCCAGUAAGGGAUCUACUGAAAAAAAUCCGCAUUGACCAAGGCUGGGAAGAUAAAGACCUACAGGAGCUAUACAGCAAAACAGUCAAAGGAGGCAAGCAACGAGUCAAAACUCGCAGGGAACGCCGAAACACCAAGGGAAAAGGCUCCACGAAGAGCUUGGAGGAGCUGGCAAUUAUCGUGGAGGUGCUGGAGGAGGAUCUCAGGACUGGCAGCAUCUGCCAGUCCCCUCCACAGCUUAUGUCCUCUCCAACUGGUUACAGCAGUGAUGAUUCUGAUGAGAUGAUCCCCAGCCCCCAGUCCUACAUGAGCUACUCCCCCCUCACAGUGGACUACCAGCAGGCCAUGUCCCCUACUGGUUUCAUGCACACCAGCCUCCAGCCUUCCAGCAUGGGAAACUUUGAAAGAAGAGGGGAGUGUGUCGAUCCCCAGAACCAGGACUGGAACUUGAACAACUCCUAUUACUUCUGGGCUCAGCUUAAGAAAGAGGAGAGCCUGCUCAUGGACGUCUCAGACGCCGUACUGCUGGCCGCCGAUGAACACGGCAGGACAGCGCUCCAUAAAGUGGCAUGUGUUGGGAAGAGGGCGCUAGGCUACGCUAUCGCAAAGAGGAUGGCUGCGCUCAACAGCCUGGACCUCAAAGACUCUGAUGGAAUGUCCGCCCUGCUCCAUGCAGCAAAUCACAACCAGCACCUGAUGGUGGCAGAUCUGAUCUGUCUCGGGGCAAACGUUAAUGAGACAAACAACCUAGGAAAGACCUGCCUGCACCUCAGUGCUGAGAAAGGCUACAUCAGAGUCCUGGAGGUUCUAAAGCACACAAUGAUGGAUGGUGUGUAUGUCGACGUCGAAGCCACUGAUAACUCUGAUAUGAGCGUCAUCCAGUGUGCUUCUGUGGCUCUGAAGGCCACUGUACGUCAGCUGAAGAGCAGCAAGUCACUGAGUCAAAGCAGACUCCAAACGCUGCGCCAGGAGCAGAUGAUGGAGACGCUGGAGUGCCUGCUGCAGAUGGGCAGCCACCUUCAUACCAUGGGGAGUCUGAGUUUUCAAUCUCGAAUUGGAUGACUCCCCGGUAGUUCGGCCCGGCAGGGCUUUACGGAGACCCGACAGUAAUGUUCUGAGUUGGUUCAGGCUUGAAUUCAAAUGGAGAGUUUAAUUUCUCUCUAAACUUGAGUUUUGGCCUUUUAGGUAAAGCAUCUGGAGUUUUGUGUGUGGUAAAAAAGCCUGACUUGCAAUCACGUAUUUUGUAACCUGCACAGAAACGUUAGAUUCCUCAUAGUUGGUUUCUGUGAAACUUCCAUUGUUUGUUACAUUAGAGUAACAAGUUGUCCUCAGUUAGUGUGUCUUUGGAGAUCUAAAUGUAAUAUUCUAUGAGAAUAUUUUUUUAUUAUGAUAAACAAGUGUUUUAAAAGGCUGGCCCAUAAAUACAAAAAUGUCCUAGUGGUAGAAAAAGUGCCAUCAAACAAUGUUUCAUGUAAGAUUGUAAUAUUAAGGGUGCACUGAACCACAGUUUCUAGUUCCGUGCUCAUACAUUUUUCCAAAAUGCCUGUGAUUACAUGAACAGGAUUAUUCUCUUGGAAAAACAAGAUCAUUUCCCAUUGAAUUUACAUGUCAGAUCUUAUAAAGGACGUUUGUACUGAGGACUUUUAAGUUAGUAUUUUAUGGUGAUGGGUAGUAAAUCCACUUUCAUUUGACUGUCAUGUGUAAUGAGUUUUGGUUCUGUUUAUUCAGUACUUUACAGCACUUGUUAAGUACAUAUGCUACACAUGUAAACUUUACUUUGUCAAAUGUAUUGAUAUGUUGUCUUCUGUGACCAGCUCCUUAAGGAAUCAUUGUUUUUCCUACUGGGAGGACACAGUUUAAUCUCUCUGUGUUUUAUAGAGAAGCAUUCGAAAUGUAUUUAUCCUAGCUAGCUUAGCUCAACACCUCGAACCAGGGGAAAAUGCAAGGCAAAAAAAGUCCAAAAGGACAAAAAGUAGUUAUUGUAUCAUUUGUAUGUGAUACGGGCAGAAGAAAAUAAAACAUUGUGGCCUGACAAAUGGUUAGCUUAAGUAUUAUAGUUAACAAACCUACCUGCAGUGACGCAGAAUUUGGACAUAAUGCCAGUAUAGUUGUAAGCUUUCCCCAAACAAAACACAGUUGAUUUAUUAAUUUACUGGUCGUUAGCCAGCUAGCUAACAAUACACAACAUGUAAAUAUAACAAUAUUAAUUCAGUCUUUGCGCUAAGCUAGGCUAAACAUGUCUGACAAACGCAUGACCCACCCUCUGUUUACUGAUUGGCAUACCGUUAUCCUUAUCCUUAUCCUAACCAAUCUCAAUUUUAAAGCCUAAACCAAAACCAAUCGAACAUACAAAGGAAAUGGUUAUUACCCAAUCAGAGAAAGGGUAGGGUGGGCCAUUCCCUCGCUACAGUAAGAUUUGUUAUUUAGUGUAUAACGUUUAAAUAUGAAUGUUUGGUGUCGGGACACUGAUGUAGACAACAAGCUCUUUUAAAAGUUGUAUUUGCAUGUUAUUACUUUUUUAAUAAAUUGUUCCUCAGAUUUGCAAAAUAACCUGUGUAGAAUCUUUAAGAGGUUUUGUGAUGAUCUGUUCUUUAGUCUUUAGUCUUUUUUACUGUUAAAAAAGUAUUUUGCCAUGCUAGAUGGUCACUAAGUGGUAGACCACAGCUUAAAUGAAAUGCAUUGGUUUGGAACAAAACCUUAGACAUGCACUUAUUUACUCGCAAAUUAAAUCUAUCUGUGUUUUUCUAAUUACAAUAUCAUAUGUAUUCAUUUAUAUGGUUAUAAUGUGAGAGGUUAUUUUCUAUAAGGAAUUAAUAGUCCUCUGAAAGUACAAUUUUUCAGGUAUAUCUCUUUAUUUUAUCUUAGUAUUUUAUCCACCAAGUGCAAAAUGAUGUUAUUCUUCCUGUCCAUGUAUGUAUUUCUCAUUUACAAGUUGAAAAUGUAAGAACAGUUUUUCUUUAUUGAAAACGUGAGUCAUUGUGUGAUUCUAGUUUAAAAGUGUAUCACCAAUUAUAUCUUGUAUUUGUAUUACUUUAUGAGUCAUGUGAUUGGUGGUGGGCAAAGGGCAUGCUGUUCUGACACCAUGUGUGUUUUCAUCAUAAAAACAUUAGUAAACUUUUGGUUUACUGAA